GAGUCCAGCCAAGCCCAAUAAAAAGGUGUUGCUGCAUUUUCCUAACGAUUAUCUAUCCGAAAACCUCCGUUUCCUCGCCCUUCCAUCAUUCACUAUCACCCAUCACCGCUGAAAUCAACGGCGAAAAAUGCCCGCAAGAACCAUCUUUCACUCCCGGAAACUACAAAUAAAAUAAAAUUGAAAACCCUAACUCUUAAAAUAAACAUAUAAAAACCCUUUUUACCCCACCUGCCCCUUUUCGUUUUCUGCAACACACACUAAACCAAAAAAAGGGAAAACAAACAAAAUUUGAACUUGCAAAUGUCGGACGAGGAGCACCAUUUCGAAUCCAAGGCCGACGCCGGCGCCUCCAAAACUUAUCCUCAGCAGGCCGGCACCAUCCGCAAGAACGGCUACAUCGUCAUCAAAGGCCGCCCCUGCAAGGUUGUAGAAGUUUCCACCUCGAAGACUGGGAAGCAUGGUCAUGCUAAGUGUCACUUUGUUGGAAUUGACAUCUUCACCGCCAAGAAGCUGGAAGAUAUUGUUCCCUCUUCCCACAACUGUGAUGUUCCACAUGUCAAUCGUACUGACUACCAGUUGAUUGACAUUUCUGAGGAUGGAUUUGUGAGUCUGCUGACUGAAAGUGGAGACACUAAGGAUGAUCUGAGGCUCCCAACUGAUGAGAGCUUGUUGAAACAGAUCAAGGAUGGUUUUGCUGAGGGGAAAGACCUGGUUGUGUCUGUUAUGUCUGCAAUGGGGGAGGAGCAGAUCUGUGCUCUCAAGGACAUUGGUCCAAAGUAGUUUGAGAUUGAUUUGCAGCCUGCUAUUGCAAUUUUAAAUGGAAAGAUUUUUGUGAGAGCUUUAAUAGCUUGCCUCUCCAAGACUUGGGUAGGUAUAAAUGCUGUCUGGAUGGGUUUUAUGUUUGGUUUGGAUACGGAAAAAACACCAUUACUCGUUUCUUCUUGUGCUGUUUCUCCUUUCAAGCCCUUUUUUCUUUGCUCUUGGUUUUGAACUUGUCAUUUUAAUUGUUGGUGAUACUUUUCAAUUAGAUUCAUAUUGAAUGCUGAAAGUACAGGAUCAGAAUUAAUGUUUAAGUUCAUAUCAAUUUGUGAGAUAUUAUUUGUUUUAAUUUAUUGAGUCUCAAAAUUUUAUUUUACAAAAAAUGUUCCUUUUAGUUUAUUGAAUCUUACAAUUUUAUUUCACAAAAAACGUUUCACGAGUUGAAAGUGGUGAGACAUUUACAUUCAAAUACUAAUUUUAGCACAUAGUUGUUGUGAAAUUAAUGUGAUCAUGACAUCUCCCUUUCCAAUAAUGGCUUACCGUUAGUAUCCCAAGAGUACUUUAAUAUCUAAUGUCACGGUUUAUAAUACCUUACGGUUUUUUUUAUAAAAGCUUUUUCGGCUUUUUCACAAGUAGAAGGAAGUGUGAUUACCUUGCAGUUUGGUUUUAUAAAAGCUUUUUCAGCUCUUUUACAAGUUGAAGGUAGUGUGAUUUUUUAAAAGUUGAAGAUGGUGAGAAUUUUUAUAUUUCAAGGCAAUCCUAAUUUUUUUUAGGAUCAUGACAAUUAGCCUAUCAUUUUAGAAGGAUCAGUGGGAUUUUAAACAGUCUAUUUUCUUAAGGUGUCCUCAACCCAAUCAGAAGGACUGUAAGCAAAAGAUUUCUGGCAAAAGCAAGACAACGAUAUGGGACAGGGACAGCUUGGUAGAAAUAUCAUCUUUGGUCCUAAUAGUAUGAUUUUGGUAUCACUCUAAUUCAGGGAAUCGAAGAUUGAGUCAGAUCAGGGAUCUGUCUCUCUGGUUGUCUUUUGUUCGUGAUAAACAAGCAAAAAUAGUUGUUUUAGUCUGGCUAAGGGCAUUGUUUAUUUCUCAAAAAGGGAAGAAAAAGAAAACCAGCUCGUUCUUUUGUAGUGAGAGCCAAAAUUUUCAGUAGUGUUUUCACAACUGGCCCAUGAAAGAACUGGUUGGAAAUUAGGUCCCUGUUCAACUGGUUGAACCAGCCAGUCGAACGCAUUUUAGUUUUUACCAUCAGAAUCUUCACCUGAGUUUAGGAAAAGAACCAGUCUUUCUUCUUGCCACAGGCGCACUCUCAAAGUUAAAGCAUUCAAGCUUCACAUUCCCAUAUCAUUACUAUAGUUUUCAAAGGAAAUUUCCUUGGCCAGUGUACAUAAACAAAAGCUCUCUCAGAGUGCAUGCAAUGUCACUUUUUUUUUUUUUCUCAAAUGAAAACAGCAACAACUUGAAAAUUCAAAAAUGCAGCUGCCUUAUGAAUAUCUUCAAGAACUUGGUCUGAGUCAGAGCUUACAGAUUGUAAAGUACUAUAAAGAAUCAGAACUACCAUGAGUGAACUAGAUUCAAGCAUUUCAACCAAAAAUGAGUUAAAAAAUUGCUAAAAUCCAAAUAGACAAACUUGAAAUUCUGAAGUCAAGCAUUUAUAAGACUGCUGACUUGGGUGGCUGCAUGGCUGGGUAAUGGCAACUGGCCAAUAGGUUUGGUCCUUCUUGUAACCACUGGUGAAGGCAACAGUUGCUGGUUGAGCCAGCCGGUCUGUUCCCUUCCUGUAAACACUGGUUUUCAGGUAGCAAUUGUGGGUAGAAACCUCUGAAAACAAGUUGUUACCUUUGGAAACAUCAGUGUUCUAAGAUAGUUU